AUGUCCCGGGUGAGCGGCCCCGGGCCCGGCCCCGGCCCGGCCGGUAGCACCAAGGAGAAGCGCUCGUUCCCCAAGCGGCUGUUCCGCGGCCGGGCGGCGGGCGGCGGCUCCAACCCCCCCGCGGCCCCGGCCCCGGCCCCGUCCGGACGGUCGCUCGGUGGGUUCAUGAGCCGCGUGCUGAAGACCCUGUCCACGCUCUCGCACUACAGCAGCGAGCCCGAGGCCCGCGGCCCGCACGCCCCGCGCCUGCCCCCGCCGCAGGCUGCCGGCGGCCUGGGCAGCUGCUUCCCCCCGGGCCCUCCGCGCAGCCCCGAGCCCCCGGCGCGGCCCACGGGCGGCCCCGAGGCCGUGCCCGGUGUGGCGGGGCUGCGGAACCACGGCAACACCUGCUUCAUGAACGCCAUCCUGCAGUGCCUCAGCAACACCGAGCUGUUCGCCGAGUUCCUGGCGCUGGAGCAGUUCCGAGCGGGGCCGCCCCCCGCCGCCCCCAGCCCCGCCGCCGACGGGCCCCCGGCCGCGCCCGGGGAGGUCACGGAGCAGCUGGCGCAGCUGGUGCGGGCGCUCUGGACCCUCGAGUACACCCCACAGCACAGCCGAGACUUCAAGAACAUCGUGUCCAAGAACGCCAUGCAGUACCGUGGGAACGCACAGCACGACGCGCAGGAGUUCCUGCUCUGGCUCCUCGACAGGGUCCAUGAGGAUCUGAACAACGUGGUGAACUACAGCGGGAUGCCUCCUCUCAAGCCACCACUGGAGGAUGAUGUGCUGCUCGAGGGACCAGCCUUUCCAAUCAGCAGUACUUUUGUGCAGGAACUCUUCCAAGCCCAGUACAGGUCCUCUCUGACGUGCCCUCAUUGCCAGAAGCAAAGCAACACCUUUGACCCUUUCCUCUGCAUCUCUCUGCCAAUUCCUUUGCCUCAUACACGGCCGCUCUAUGUGACCGUGGUGUACCAGGGCAAGUGCUCUCACUGCAUGCGCAUUGGUGUGGCUGUGCCAGUGGUGGGGACGGUGGCCAGGCUGCGGGAAGCUGUGUCCUCAGAGACCAAGAUACCGACGGAACAGAUCGUGCUGACAGAGAUGUACUAUGAUGGGUUUCACCGUUCCUUCUGUGACACUGAUGACCUGGACACCAUUCAUGAAAGCGACUGCAUUUUUGCCUUUGAGACCCCAGAGAUAUUUAGGCCCGAGGGUAUCCUCAGCCAGAGAGGAAUACAUGUGAACAAUAACCUGAAUAACUUGAAAUGUGGCACUGAACACUCCCGAACAAUAUCUUACACUCAAGGAACAGCCAAGUCUGGAAAACUGGAGCAGUCCUCUCCUAAACCAGCAGCGAAUGACAAGAUUGUCUUGCUGGUGUGUAACCGAGCGUGCACUGGGCAGCAGAGCAAAAGGUUUGGCUUGCCAUUUGUGUUGCAUUUGGAAAAAACAAUUGCUUGGGAUAUUCUGCAGAAGGAAAUCCUGGAGAAGAUGCAGUAUUUCCUGCGGCCUGCAGCCUGCCUGCAGGUUUGCCCAUUCAGCUUGCGAGUGGUCAGUGUUGUGGGCAUAACGUACUUGCUACCUCAGGAGGAGAGACCCCUCUGCCACCCAACGGUGGAAAGGGCAUUGAAGUCGUGUGGACAGGGGGGAACUGCUCAUGUGAAAUUAGUGGUGGAAUGGGACAAAGAAACGAAAGAUUACUUGUUUGUGAACACUGAAGAGGAAUAUAUUCCAGACUCUGACAGUGUCCGCCAGCAGAGAGAGCUUCAUCACCAACCUCAGACCUGCACUUUAUCUCAGUGUUUCCAACUGUACACCAAAGAGGAACAGCUUGCCCCAGAUGACGCAUGGCGAUGCCCACACUGCAAGCAACUGCAGCAGGGUAGCAUCACACUGAGCCUCUGGACCUUACCGGAUGUGCUCAUCAUACAUCUCAAAAGGUUUCGACAGGAAGGAGACCGCAGGAUGAAACUUCAGAACAUGGUCAAGUUCCCCCUGAGUGGGUUGGACAUGACUCCUCACGUUGUGAAACGCAGCCAGAGCAGCUGGAGUUUGCCAUCUCACUGGUCACCCUGGAGGAGGCCCUAUGGUCUUGGGAGGGAUCCUGAGGACUAUAUCUAUGACCUGUAUGCUGUCUGCAAUCAUCAUGGCACCAUGCAGGGGGGACACUACACAGCAUACUGCAAGAACUCGGUUGAUGGUCAGUGGUACUGCUUUGAUGACAGUGAUGUUCAGCAGCUUCCUGAAAACGAAGUCUGCAAGCAGACAGCCUACAUUCUUUUCUACCAGAGGCGCACAGCAAUCCCCUCCUGGUCUGCCAACAGCUCUGUGGCAGGCUCCACAAGCUCCUCGCUCUGUGAGCACUGGGUCAGCCGCCUGCCUGGCAGCAAGCAGCCCAGCAUUGCUUCGGCAGCCUCAUCGCGGCGCACGUCUCUGGCUUCGCUCUCGGAAUCAGUAGAGCUGACUGGGGAAAGGAGUGAAGAUGAUGGAGGGUUUUCCACUCGUCCCUUUGUGCGGAGUGUCCAGCGCCAGAGCCUCUCAUCCCGCUCAUCAGUCACCAGCCCACUGGCAGUGAGUGAGAACGGUGUCCGGCCCUCCUGGUCCCUGUCUGCGAAGCUGCAGCUGCGCUCCAGUUCACCAUCACGCUUCUCUGGGGACUCCCCAGUGCACUCCUCUGCUGCCACCCUGGAGAAGAUCGGGGAGGCUGCUGAUGACAAAGUCACCACCUCCUGCUUCGGCAGCCUGAGGAACCUCUCUAGCAGCUACCUGGAGCCCUGCGAUGGUAGUCGGAGGGAGCACAGGACGGCUCGCAGGGCUCCUUUGGCUGUCAUGGAAGGGGCGUUCAGGGAAGAGGCUGUGGUAAGGACAUCUAGCUCAGAUCUUUCAGAUGAGUAUGGCAAAAGCUCUGUGCAGCCAGACAGGAAUCACCCUGCUUUGGACCCUUUUGAUAACAACAACCAAAUCGCCUUUGUUGAUCAGAGUGAUUCUGUGGAUAGCUCUCCUGUCAAGGAGGUGAAAGCCCCCAGUGGGACAGGGCUGGCUGCAGAGAAGGCAGAUGGCACUCCGAAGAAGGCUCACAGCUCCAAGGGAGCUUCUGAGCCAGACAAAAGUCUGAGGAAGGGACGGACAGUCUUAUCUACGCAGGAGACCAAAGUCUCUCAUGCUUCUCCUCCACUAAAGAGUGCCCAGAAAGUGUCCCGCUCUAGAAGUAAGACGGACUCCUCUAGGGCCAGCGGGCGCCAUGGGUCUCCCGCUCCCACUCAGGCCAGGAAGGACCAUAGCACGAAGCCCCUUGAGGUGACUGUCCCAUCGGCCCAGCAGAAGCAAAGGGCAGGUUCAUCUCCAUCCUCCACAGCUGCCAAGAGAACCCCAUCGGGCUCAUUGACUAAGGGCUCUUCUGCUGGGAAGAGCCGGACUUCAGACCGAAGCCUCAGCAGGGAGGGCUCUAAGCUGAGCCUGGGGUCGGAUAAGACGAGCGUUACCAGCAGCUCGAGGACGAGCUCCCCACGGAUCAGCCACUCCAGGAGCGACAGCCGGGCCGUGGACAGCAAGCACGUGCGGAGCUCCUCCAUGGCCAACCUGCGGUCCCCAAACGUGGGGGUGCGCUCUGCCCUGAAGAGGGACAGCAAAUCCGAGGAGAAGGGGUUGUCCUUCUUUAAGUCGGCCUUAAGGCAGAAGGAGACGCGGAGGUCAGCGGACCUGGGGAAGACCACGAUGCUCUCCAAGAAGACUGGGAGUGGUGGUUCCAGGUCAGGCAGUAAAAACGUGCUGGAAGACAAAUCAGACAAAGCUGUUGUCCCACCGGCCUCCCAAACCAACGCCAACCUUGCUGCAAAGGAGAAACUUGUCCCUAAAGACACUGCCCCCAGCAAACAUUCUCUGCUAUCCAGUCGCAAGUCCAAGUCUUCCCAGCUAGAUCCCGGAGUCCAGUCUCCUCCUUCCAGUGGCAAGCAGGCUGCUGACAAGCCACUGAAGAGGUUACCUUCCAGCAUGCAGGUGUCUGUACGGCCUUCUCUGGAACCUCAGUGAAAUGCUGCAAUCCAGGUGUCUUUUCUUCUGCUGAGAAGCUAAUUUAUUGAGCUCUUGUUUUUUUGUUCAUGUGCCUAAUGUCUGUUUUGAGGAGAAGUUAACUGCAAGUUGUUAAAGCGCCUUUUGAUUCUGCCAUCAAACCAAAUAGCCACAGGCAGCCAGCACUGAUGCAAGUAGUCUAGCUGGAGUCGUUGUUGAACAUGAAUGCAGCUGUCCCAUAGCACUUGUACAGGAGUCUCUUCAUAGAAAAUGCAACAAGUUCCUUCAGAUUCGAGGUCUGGGAUCUGAAAGCCGGUUGUAUUGACACUAGUGUGCUUUGUAGAGCUGUGAACUGAUAUUCCUAUGGUCUUGUUCUGAGCAGGCUGUGUCCACGCUGGUGUGGCCUUGUUCUGAGCUGGGGAGGAUGCGAAGGAAACUGGGAAGGAGAGACUGCCGCUUCUUAUGCUCUCUCUUGACCCCCUCUCCCUUCUCCCUUCCGUUUUCAAGCUUUCUAAAGGGCAAUAUUUCAACACUAAUGUUGUUUCUCAGGUAUAUACUCAGCCAGUAUAGGAGGGACUAGCAUUAGUGGAUGUGCAGAAAGGUACCUGUGUGUCCGUGUGUCUGUAACAGUUCAUUUUGCAUUCCAGCAGCUGAAAGUGGGUGGUUGUUUUCCAUGAAAUGUAACCUGCCUUUUUUGUUGCUAUGUCUGCAAAGAGUUCAGCUCUGUCCAUACCUGAGGCAACCUCUACCCUCUCCUCUUUAAUUACUUUCUCUCUUCUGGAACAUUGUACUGAGCAACAGAAGAAACCACUGAGCAGCAGCUGGUUGCCAGCUCCUGGUACCUGUGGGAGGUGGUGGCAGUGCUGUAGGAGAGCUGUCUUCCUGACCCUCUGGUGGGUGAUGCUGUAGGACCCCUGUUCAGACUCCUGAGAAGCAUUUCCUGAAGUGCUCGGAUGCUAAAUUGUGGUGGUGUGAGCAUAGCACUUGUUACCUAGAGCAGUGAUGUUUAGGUAAGCCAAGUGUCAUCUUGUCUUCUCUGCCUUCUCUGAGAGUGCUGAGACAGCCUCUUGUGGGGUUGGAGGGGCUGUACCCAACACCAUGGGGCAGUUUUCACCUUUCUGAGUGCUGCUGAGUCCCUGCCCUUGCACACUCCUCACCUUCCCCUGUGGCUCUGUCUCUUGGAACCACUCCCCAGCCUCCUGUGGAUGAGUCUAUCAGGGUUUGAACACUACAUCUGGUGACGUCUUUGUUUACAUGCCCUCUUACAGGGGAGAUUCCUCAAGUUCUUUACUAUUCCUCUUGAAAGGUGAAUUCCUCAACUCCUUUUGUCUGUGUGGUGUAUUUAUUUUACUUUAUCAAAGUGCUGCCUCUCCUGCUGCCUCUCCUUUAUGUUCAGCAGCAAUCCUGUAGGUCACGAUGGGCAGUGUGCUGGGCGCGCUUGUCUUUGAAUGAGGGCUCUGCCUCUCAUCCAGUCUGCUGUGGCAGAGCUUCCCUCGGCUUUGCUGCUGGAUGCAUCUCUUCUCUUGGUGUAGCAAACAGCCCUCAGCCAGGUAGUGACUCUGAGCUGGUCUGUGCCACCUCCUCCCUUGAGGGGAUGUGCUGGAGAGCCCGAGAAGCCUUUCACCGAGGUCUGCUGGGCACCUUGCUGCUCUGUGACCACUUGUACUUGAAUUGCACACACCUGCAGCAGGCUUGGGAGGGGAGUGUUCUGGGGGAGCUGGCACCAGACAGUGUGUGUGACACUGAGCUGGGGGUGCCGUGUGUGUGACUGAGCCUGCCUGCAGUGCAGCCCUCGCUCUGUCCCCAUGCCCUUCCAUCCCACAGACCUCCCUGCAGCCCAGCAGCAUGCCAGCAGCCUGCGUGUUCUACCAGUGGGCUGGCCUCUGGGCCACCUGAACACCACCAUCUCUUAAUGCAUUUCUCCUCCCAGGCAUUGUUUCAGUCUCAUUGCAGCAACAACAGUGCAUUAUUUGCUUCUUAACUGUGCGACUUGGAUUAUUCUUGGAUUAUGUUUUGUUACAUCCAGCAGAGCAGAUAAGACUUGCUUCACAUUGUACUGCUUAAAUUACUCCCUGCAAUGUUGAUGUUGGAGUAUUUGUUUAAGGUUUUAUCUGUAUUAAGGUUGUGCUCUUCUCUUCUAAAGGCUCUUGUAGCAAGGAUGUGAUUCUGGUACUGGUGCAGGCUCGGGGUUGUCUUUUCCUGUGCAGAGCCUGGUUCUCUGUGCUUUGCCAUGGGACACUUGUGAAAGGCUAUUUUAUCAAAUGACGUUUUCUUUUGCUGCCAUCACUCACUGCAGAAGCUCAGGUGGAAGCUGUGUUUGGCUGUUGAGGUGGUUUUGCUCCUGUGCUGCGUGCCUGGGCUGGAGGGAAUCUGAAGCUGUGUCCAAACCAGAGCCUGAGCUGGGUGCCAGUUCAGUCCGUUGCAUCUGGGGCAUGAGAACGGGCACUGGAGCUCCCGUGUGGACAGAAUGGGAAUAGGAGGUCCCGGCUUCCAGCAGCUGAUGUUAAAAGCAAGCAGUGCAGAGUGUGCCCAUGCAGGACCUGUUCUGUGGCUGUGUCAGUCCCGUAGUGAAGCACGUUGGAAACAGCGUGUGCUGCUCCUCUGCAUCCCUGCUUUUGGUGUCAUGCAUUCCAGUGGCGCGUGCACUGCCUUGCACAGGACAGGGUUGAAGAGUGUGGGUCCAGGAAGCAACGAUGUUCAUUGUGUAGAACCAAGCCUGCUUGCUGGUAAAGUCAUGGCUCCAUCAGUGAUGUAGAGUAAAUCUUCCCAAAACUGAAUGUAGGUUCUUGCAGUGAUGUGGGGAAAAGCAUCAUCAAUCUUCUCUCCUUGCUUUGCAGCAGACUUAUUUCAUAGCCCUUUCAUGCACAGGACCUCCUGUCCAUGUGUACUGUGUUGUCCAGGUGUAAGGAUGUGGCAUGGUACCAGGGAACACUCCAGAGAGGGAUCUUCCAAGUCUUAGAUGUCAGCAUCACCUUGGCUUUGUGCGUUGAUCCUUAGAGCAGCAGAGGCUCGAGGCUGUUCUGCAGCAGCCGCUUGUACAUGGUCACCUCUUUCUUUAAAACUCACAUUUGGCUCUGGAAGUGUUUUCCAUUCUGCCCAUCAUGCACAGUGUGGGGCAUGUGGAACGGCCCCUGGUGUGGCUGCCUUGGGGCUGGUGGAGCCUGGGACCUCCACUGGUGACCUGGGUACCUCAUGCUGGUGGGAAGAUGCCUUCAAAGGGGGAGGCCCAGCAGCAUCCUUGUGCUUGGAGUGUGUGUGAGCUCCAUGGGAAGGAGGCUGCCAGCCCUCCAAAGGGCUUUGUGAUGUGUUUCUGAUCAGCUCUGGGUUGAGCUCACCUUCAUCAGCCACAUGUAACUGCUAUCCCAACCACAUCCCUAGUCUGACACUUGCUCCUGCUCCUGGAAGUGGCCCGGGGGGUGCAGGGAAGCAGCAUCUUCAUCCCAGCGCCAGGCUCCUGCUGGAGUCACGGAGGGGAAUUCUUUUUACCCUUUUCUGGGCUGUGUCUUUUGGGUCGUGUUUGGUAGUAUACAAAUUAUAAGCACAUUUUCAACGACGCGUAUUAAAGAGGCACCUUUUAUUUGUAUUAAUCACGUUUGAUAGACAAUUUGGUGCCUGCAGUUCUCUGUAACCUGUGUCUCACUUUGGGUGUAUAAAUCCUUAACCCUGUCAAACUUAUCAAAUAUGGCUAAAUAAAAGAAAAAAGACGCUUAGGAUAGACAAUAGCAGCUUAAUUACAGAACACUUGGUCCACUGUAAGUGCCCUCAUCGCCUCCGCUGCGGGGUCCUUUGCUUUCCAAGCUGAAGCUGGAGCAUGAGCACCCAUCCUGUCUCAGCAGCGAAGCUGUGCAUGGCAGCUCCCUCCUCCCACCGCAUGCACUGGACUAUGCAAGCGCUGCUGCAGGCACCGGGCUCUGGAGCGGCGCUGGAGCCUGGCUUGUGUUCGUGGUGUCAGCACAUAGGAGCAUGGCCCCGGGUUCCUGCUUUGUUUGCACAUCUCUGAUCCUUUCCUUCGCAGGCGUUACUGACCAGGCUGGAGUGUAGCACAACGUUGGUCAGAGGGAUCCGGAGUGCUGAAAUGAGAACAAACUGGGUUUCUGUCUGUAUUGUUUUCUCUUUAUUUAGCAGGCAAACCCCAUCCGUGCUGUGUCCGUAGCCUGCAUUUCCCAUGAACAGGACACGCUGGGAGCAGAGGCUCUGCCUGUACCCACACGAGCACCCAAACCUGGAGGUCUUGGUUGAGUUUCCGUGCUCAGGGUGUUGGGUGGGCUCCAGGUCCCUCUCCCCAUGGGCUCUGUGCCCAUCCCCUGUGAGCAGCCAGCACGGACAGAGUUUGGAAUUGACACUGCAAACAGUUUUCCUGUUUCCUUUCUUUUUUCCUGUAUCUCUGUCAUUUGCCUCCUAAUUGGAAAUAAUUUGGCAGUAUCUGAUGUUACCUGUGGAGGGAACUGAAAUUUAGUUUUAAUCUGUGGUGAGAUGAAAGCACAUCAUGGUUCUUGUCACAAAGCACCCUCAAGCAUUUACUAUUAGGAGCUUUGUUUUGUAGAAGAAAAGCACCUCAGGACCUGCACCGUGUCUACAUUGGGUCUAAAGGCUCAGGGAGUCUUUGUGUUAUUAAGGUGGCAGCCUCAAUGUCUGCAGCCAGUGUGUUCUAAAGACACAGAUUAAACCUGAGUGGAGACAGCGCUCCCCUUUCACCCGAGGCCCUGCAGCACAACCACGUUAGGUGCGGGUACCAUUUGUGCAGUGCAAUAAGAAACCAUUUCCAGGUGCUCCAUUGCCUUGGGGGGGUGACACAAGGGAAGCCAGGCUCCAAGCAGCUGGAUUACCUUCUUGUGGCCUUCCAAGGAUGGGUUUGUCCAGGUUUGCUCACCAACUGUGCCUCACCAUUGGUUAAAAUUGAAUUUUAAGUCCUGGUGCAAAUGCAGUUUCUCUUCUGGACACAAUGUCAGUUUUACACUGGAAUCUACAGUUGUGACGACUGUCGCAUCACUGUACACCAACCUGGGCCGUGGGGCUCCCCACGCUUGGCCAUUCUCCUCUGGUUUAGUGGGUUUGGGCUGUACCGCAAUGGGGGACGCAGGCUGGCUGUGCUCGGGACCCAGCGUUGUACCAUACCUUUUAAAUUAUUUGAGGACAAGUGCAUGAGACUGUGUCAAUGCCUUUUAUUAUUUAUUUGUAUGGUUUAUUAUUCAAGGUGUAUGCACUUUUAAUAAUGCAGAAUUUAUAUUUUUAUGUUAAAAGUCAUUUUCUUUCAGAAAGAAGAGUUUGAAUAUGAGGAAUUGGAAUUAAGUGCAAAAAGGGGAAUAUGUAAUAAAAUACAAUAAAUUUAUUACUAGGCA